AUGGGUUCCAUAUCUGAUUCUAAACUAGCCCUCGCUCGUCACAGCAAAAUGAUCAAGAAUUGCAUGUUUCGUCUAUUCCGUUGGACACCGGAUUUUCAAAUUGGUAAGGACAGUUGUAUUGCUCCGGUUUGGGUUCGCUUUCCAAAGCUUCCGAUUCAAUAUUUCAAUAUUUCAUCAUUGGAAAGGAUUGGGGCGUGUCUCGGUACUGUACUGAGUGCUGAUGAUCGCACUCUUGGUUUCACACAUCAAAUGUACGCGAGGGUCUGCAUAGAGAUCGAUGUGUCUCAACCAUUCCCACAAGAAAUAUGGAUCGACAUUUCAAAGGAUCAAGGUUGGUGGCAGAAGGUAGAGUAUGAAGGCAAUAUAGCGUAUUGCUCUUAUUGUGGAUUACUGGGGCAUACGGCAGGCUGUUGUCGCAAGAAUGUUCGUGUAACUAAACCUCAAAGUGUGCCAAAACCUAAAACAAAAACAGAGUAUGUUCCGAAGAAGGUGGUGAUACCGUUAGGAGAAAAUAAGGAGCUUUUGGCUUCGGAAAAGGUAGUUGGGACAUCUGGUGAGGCUUCGGACAAGAAUAAUGCUGAAAAGAUUUCGAACAAGUUUAACUCUCCUGUGCAGAUUUUAAAACGCUCAGAUAUUGACCCUUCGAGAUUGGCUGAUAUGAAGGAACUUCUAAAGGGCACGGGUCUGCUUAGUGAUGAGGAGACGGAUACCCCAAAAUCUAUGUCGAGUUCACACGGCAACCGUUUUGCUCUUCUUUCUGUGGAGAACUUCGGUAAUGAGGAACAACAAGUGGCAACACAUGUUACACAAACUCAUGUUGAUGCACAACGGAUUUUUUCUAACGGUGAAAAAUUGUCUAGCCCAUCUCGUCUAGACUUGGAACAUCAAUCGGCAGGCACUGAGGAAAAUCAAAUCACGGAAAACCAUUCCAUGGGUACGGUAGUCGAUGUUCAAACGGCUGUACGUGUUGAGGAGAUUAAUGUUGUGCUUCCUAAUUUGUCGACGGGUUCUCUAGCAGCUAAACGACUGGAUGUGGGUUAUCAAUCAGAUACGGGGGAGAUUAAGAAUAAGGGUACACUGUGUGUUUUAUCUGAUAAUGAGAAUGAUAAGGUGGAAAAUGCGCACGCUAUGCAAGUUGUCGAAAAACGAAAACCAGGUAGACCUCGAAAGGUCCAGAUUACUGAUCUCUCCUCUACAUUACCUUAA